CCACUUCCCCUCGGAAGGCCGGUCUCCGCCUCCUGCUCCCACCCUGCUCGCUCGGCGGCGGCAGCGGUGGUCCCUGCCUCUCUGCCUCCUCCACCUCGGCCUGUCCACUGGCGGGCGGCGUUGGCGCAGAGGGGGCCCCUGUCUCAGAGAAGGUACCACGUUGAAUGAGCAAAGACUGAACUUUUUACAGAUACCUUUUGUAAAAGGCUUAUAAGGAGUAGUGCCGUAAUUUGAAUCACAAUGGAUUUCACAUUAUGAGGUGAAUGGGAGCGGAGUAUUGGACAAAAAUAGAUUUUUAAAUCUCUGCAUCACGGUUUUUAGCUCCUCAGUUGUUGCACAGUCUCACGAUUUGGGAAAAGUUCAUGCUAAAAAACUGAAGCAAUCAAUGGGUGAAUAUGAUCAAAUUUCUCCACCAAGUUCUCAACCUGUUAAGGAGAACUCCUUGUCAACCUAAUGAAGCAUUCAAAGACAUGUGACUCUUUUCAAGAUGAACUUGAAGAUUACAUCAAAGUGCAGAAAGCCAGAGGCUUAGAGCCAAAGACUUGUUUCAGAAAGAUGAGAGAGGAUUAUUUGGAAACCUGUGGGUGCAAAGAAGAGGUUGAUUCUAGACCCAGGUGUAGAAUGUUUGAUCAAAGACUCCUUUGUGAAACCGUCCAGACCUACCGAAGACCAUGCAGUAUUUCGCUAACAGUGGAAAAGUGGUUACCUCAGUGGCUAGCAGCUCAUGACAGCAGGCUGAGACUGGACUCCCUGAGCUGCUGUCAAUUCACCAGGGACUGUUUCUCAGGAAAACCAGUACCCCUGAACUUUAGUCAGCAAGAGUAUAACUGUAGCUCAUACAGUGUAGAAUCUGGAGUUUACAGGCACCUCUCCUCAGAAAACAGUACCAGUGCCCGUCAAGCUAGUUAUAAACAGAUACAUCAGAAGAGAAAAAGGCUCCCAGAGAAAGGCCGGGAAAAACGAGAGGAGGAGCGGCCCAAGCAUAAGAGGAAGAAAGCUUGUGAGGAAAAAGAUUUAGACAAAUACAAGAGCAUCCAAAGAAACAAAACAGAGGUGGAAACAGUCAGUACAGAAAAACUUAAGAACCGAAAGGAGAAAGAAAGCCAAGAUGUAGCCUCUAAGAAAUAG